CCAUCCAUCCCUCCCACCUCCCGAGUGUUUCUAUAGUAAUUUCCAGCCAAUGAUCAGUAGGUGUCCACAUCCCUGCUUCCUCACCUCAGCACCAAUCAGCCACACACAGCGACAGGAGACACGGACUGAGCAGAGAGACCAGGCAGACACACAAUACAGCCCCCCGGAUCAAGAGGAGAGGAAACACCUACCCCCAUCUGCGAUUUCCCCCACGGCUUUUUCUACGACACCUUUUGGCUUAUUUAUGCACUUUCCAACCUUUUUUUUUUUUUUGGUAACGUGACAAGAAAGUCGAUAAAAAUGGUCCUUUUGUUUAGAGCGCUCUGAACGCACACACACACGCACACGCACUCGCCCUGCUCUCCUCCGGCAGCCUAUGUCUGUGCGUCUUCUCACAUCUUUGCAUUAUUAUUCCCCUACGUAUCGCUUCGCAGUAAUGUGCCGUUACACGGUCGCAGGCUGGUAGCAUCUUGGGAGCUCUUCUCAACAGGAACCUGCACUGGAGAAGAUAAACCAGGAUGGUAGCACACUGUUCGUAACCAGCUCCAGUUCGACAAAGGCCACUGUAGCUCGCUCUCUUCUCCUGAACAUUGACAACCAUUCCUCAGCCAUGGCUAACAUAAACAAUGCGCUUUGCAUUGAAAACGGACAGAAUGCAGAUGUGUCUCUGUUACAAAAGGAUAAUCUUCAGGAUGGUGGAUUAAGCCAGCUUUUGGAUUAUAACGCAGAAAUGGAAAGGUACAGGUCUUUUGCAAACUUUUAUAAAACCAACGGGGCAUUUCCACAGAAGAUUGCCCGCAUCACGACGCCCAUUUUCCCCAGUGCUAGAAUUGGCAUGUCCCCUUGGAACUGCGAUAACGCCAUGCUCUGGGGAAGGAAAUCAGCGGCAAUAAACCCUAAUAGGACCAGCAUGCAUAGAAAUGACUCCCAGAGGCCGGGGAAGCCUGGCGUGCCGCCAGAGACGCUGCAAAUGGCAAAUAAUAAUUUCCUCUCUACCUUAUCCCCCGAACACUGCAGACCUUUAGCAGGAGAAUGCAUGAACAAGCUGAAAUGCGGCGCUGCUGAAGCAGAGAUAAUGAAUCUCCCAGAACGCGUUGGAACUUUUUCCGCUAUCCCGGCUUUAGGGGGCAUCUCAUUACCUCCCGGGGUCAUCGUCAUGACAGCCCUUCACUCCCCCGCAGCCUCAGCAGCCGUUACAGACAGUGCGUUUCAAAUUGCCAAUCUGGCAGACUGCCCACAGAAUAAUUCCUCGGUAUCCAGUGGAAACCCAGCGAAGAAGAAAAGGAAAAGGUGUGGGGUCUGUGCACCCUGCAGGCGGCUAAUCAACUGUGGUGUCUGCAGCAGUUGUCGGAACCGCAAAACGGGCCACCAGAUCUGCAAAUUUAGGAAAUGUGAGGAGCUGAAGAAGAAGCCAGGCUCGUCGCUGGAGAGGACGCCGGUCAACAAUGGUGAAGCUUUUCGGUGGUUCUUUUAGAGAGGCGAGCCAUGGCUGCCCCAUCCAGCUGCAGGAGGGCAGGUGGGACUCUUGACUCUCUGCCUGGAGCACUUAAUGGGUUCACAGGACCCAACACGCCCAACACUUUUGAGGACGACGAGAGAAGAAAAGUGGACAGACAAAAAGAUAAAUGGAAACAUAAUGGUGUCGUUUUAACUCUGUAAUUUCCUUUUGUGUAAUUAUUGUACCUUUUGACAGUAUCAUAAUGUAUAUUUUUGGUGUCUAUGAAUGUGUUUUCAGUGUGGCUGUAAGUUUACAGCCAAUCCUAUGUAAAGGACUCAAACAGACAAUCAUACUGAUUCCGUCAAACCGAAGAGGCCACAAGGAUUGAUGAUGUAACAAACACAACACAAUUUACUCUGAAGCAAUAAUCUAUUCUGGUGAUUAUUCUUCAACCUUUCAUUUCUGUCGACUAUUGGAUUAUUUUAUCAAGCUGAAUCAUCUCCUAGUUUUGUCUUUUGUUUCAUUUGAAAAACCAUACUUUUUAAAUGCCACGCUAAUGUUAAGACCGUCGCUGGCAGCGUGAUGGGUCUUGUUAAGAACGAUGACGUGAAGGACGGCAACAGUGCUUCUGUGACGGACUUGUUGACGCGUUUUCUCAUUUGAGUGGACUCACUGCAGAACAGGGCACAUUGUCUUGUGUGGUGAGUUUCACUUCUUUAAAAUACGAUUGGCUGUCAUUUGAUUGUGACAGCAGCAGACGAACACGAGUCAGACUGCUGUCUGGAGGUCAUAUUUUCAAGGAUGAUCUCAAAGUACAUGUUUUCAACAAAACUACGUAUGUCUUCAAACCUUUUUUUUUUUUUUCUUUCACUAAAGGUUGUAACUGUCUAAAAGGUAGAGAGUAAUGCCAGUAAAGGAAUUGUAUGUUAUGUUGAAAACAUUCAAAUUUAGAAUUAAUUACAGUACACUAUACAUAUUUGACAUAUCAGAUGUUGUUCUGGAGCUGAGAGAUGGUCUGGACUUUUCUCCUGCCGAGUAAAAGACAGUGCUUUCUCCUGCAAAGUAAAGUUAACACAUUCCAAAAACAAAAUUAUUCAAUAAGUUACUCAUUGUCUUAAACCCUAUUGUUGCAUGUGUAAAUGUGUUUUGGUUUUAAAGAUUACUAAGAAUUUGUAUAUCGUUGUUGUGAUGCUUUUAUGUGUUAAAAUAA